GACAGAGAGGGCGAGACGCGCGAGAGAGCGUGCGGAGCGGGCGACCUUUGAAUAACCGACGCGCACGUUUAUUAUUAUGUGAUCCGCGGGUCGCGCGCGCGGGUUGACGGCACAAAGAGAAGGUAGACGACAGGAGGAAAGCCGUGGGGAAAAUGCGGAGCACCGACGUUUUCUGCUAUCUCAUCGUGGCGACUCUCGCCGUUCUGUCGACGCUCGGUCGUGCAGAAAGCGACGACGAAGCGCACACGAUACGACCGUGUAACACUUCGGAACUCAUCCUUUCGCAGUGCGGUAAAAAUCAGAGGUGCCACGUGAGCAGCAAUGGCCAGCAAUUGUGCGAUUGCCAACGUGGUUUUGAUUUUGUUCAUGGCGAAUGCGUUAGGGCUACAUCCACGGUCGUCGACGUACUCUACACCACCCUGAAGCCAGAGCAGAGGACCGAGUCAGGAGGUAGCUCCGUAGCCGCCGGUCUGCUAAUACCCACCUUCCUCAUAGUAGUCGGUGUGCUACUGUACUUCGGCGCGAGACGGUACAAAUGGGUGCAACGAUUUCGGCAGUAUCGUCACAAUCGUUACGGCAAUGUCAUAGUCACAAGAGAUGACGAUGACGACGACGAUCCACCGAUAGCGUAAAUAUUGAUAAGUAAAAUGUAUGAGAGAAUUAUAGAGAGAGAGAGAGAGAGAGAGAGAGAGAUGCACUGGCCGCGUGUACCAAACGAUCGAAACUCGAAUAGAUGCGGUGUAUACUUGUCUGUUGAUAGAACGUACGUAGUUACGAGAUACACUAUAGAGAGUGGACUUUGAUACGGGAGUACACAAAUUAUAUAUAUAGUCGGUCCGGCGACGCGCUCGUUUGAUUCCUUUAGGAAUCGUUACCGUAUAAUUCCGUGCAUCUAUCAGCAGGGAAGUACAUCUAACUAGGUGCACGAGAGGCAAGGGAUGAAAAUGAAUCACGAGGCCAAAUGUAAAGACGCACUUGCGCGAGUAAUUAUGCUUUUAUAAUUAAUCCGGAGAUGGAUUAUCAAAUCACGUCGUGUCGGUCGUCAAUCCGAUGAUCGCGGGGAUAUACAAAUAUUACAUAGUUUAUAUAAUUAUAAUGAUUGCAUCGCGUAUAGAAUUGUAAUAAUUACUUGCAGCUCCAAGAGAUGGAAUAUUUUUUGGCUAGAUUUUUACCCAUCGCUUAUCCUUUAUCCAUCGCGGACAUAAAAGCGUUGUUACUCUCACGCUAGUUGCCGAAUCUAUAUUUAUAUGUGAUGGUUGGUUAAGGAAUAUAAAGCAUAAUGGAACUACGUUUACGAUAAUUCUAAGCAUUCACUGAGAGAAUAAUUUUUUACAUUGAUAUUAAAAUAAGCUGGUCAGUAAAUCUUACAUAAUAUUAAUAGAUGUAUAAUAAUCAGGUGAUCGUUUCUUUCGUCACCUUCCUCGCUGUAGCUGAAAUUUAGGAAAAUUAUAUUAAAUGUUGUGUCAUUAUUGUGAA